CCUUGGAGCUUCCUUUCAUGUUCUUAUCUCUUUCCUUCUCACUCUCACCCACCAUAUAUAACUUAUAACCCCAUCAUCACUUCCUAAAUCCUCAGAUCUUAUAAUAACUUCUUUCUCUUUUUUUUAAAUGGAGGAUUUUCUUGGUGAAAACCCACAUAAUAGAUUGAUAAAAGAACUUGUUGAAGGAAAAAGUUUCACUGUCCAACUUCAAACUCUACUUAAACAACCUAAUGAAUCAGUCUUAGCUGAAGAACUUAUUCGCAAAAUAUGGGGAUCUUUUACUCAGGCUAUUACUGUGUUGAAUAGUUUGGGUAAUUCCGAUAAUAGUUUAACCCAGGGCCAGAUCGAGGAAGUUGAUCAACCCAAUUCCGGUUCUGAAUUGAAGAAGAAGAAGGAGAAGCAAGACCGGAGAGGUUGCUACAAGAGAAGAAAAACUUCAGGUUCAUGGAUGAGAGAAUCUGAAACAAUGAAUGAUGGUUGUGCAUGGAGAAAAUAUGGGCAGAAGAAAAUACUCAAUUCAAAAUAUCCUAGGUGCUACUAUAGGUGCACCCACAAGUACGAUCAAGAAUGCCGGGCCACAAAACAAGUUCAAAUAAUCCAAGAAAAUCCAAUAAUAAUGUAUCACACCACAUAUUUUGGCAAUCACACUUGCAAUUCAACAAAGAUUCCAAAACAUACUUACAAUAAUCAUUCUAUGGUAAAGCAUAGUGACUCAACAGUACUAAAAGAAGAAGAGGAAGAGGAAGAAUCCAAAGGACAAAGUGAUAAUGUAUCAUCAAUUGUGGAUUCUAAUUUAUGGCAAGAUUUUAUGCCUUCUUCUCCCUCUGCUCAUGAUUCCACUUUGGCUGCUAAUUAUAGUUCUUCUUAUUAUGAAGAAAUCAUAUCUAGUCAUGAUAUGGAAGAUUUGGCUAAAUUUGGUGAAAUUGAGGCCAUUGAGUUUUGUUGACAUAUUGUUAAUAGUAAUUAGUCCUUAUGGGUAUGGCUAAUGUUGUAGAAUAAAACCUUCGGCUAUGUUCUUGGUAUUACUUUUAAAUGAAAAAAACGUAUAUA